AUGAACCAGUCCGAGAAACCAGAGGUGAUACUCGACGACAAUGGUGCAGCCGACGACGUGGUAAAGGAUGACGGAUACGGCCUCGUCAAGUCGAGAUUCGACGAGCUGUCUAUCCCUCGCACGCUGUGGGUUUUCAGACGAGUUGUCCUCGUCUCGCUCUCUGUGUACACCGGUUACGUCUGCGAGGGCUUCGAACUCGGCGCUGGAGGCAGUGUCGUUGCCAACGCUGGCUUCAUCAAGCAGUUUGGAUCGGACAAGGGCCAAGAUGGAGUGAGGGCACUGGACCCGACUUGGUUGUCGACUUGGAGUGCUCUUCUGAACGUCGGCCAAAUCAUCACACUUACCCACAUUGCUUGGGUCGCAGACAAGUUCGGCCGCAAGGUGUCCUUCUACAUUGCAUGGCUAUGGCUCGUCGUUGGCUGCGUGCUGCUGAAUACGGCUAAGACGCCGGCUGUAUGGGCCAUCGCCAAGCUUUGCAACGGUGCAGGCAUAGGCGUCCUCCAAAUCACCUGUCAGGUUUAUGUCAUGGAGAUUUGUCCAAACAAGAUUCGAGGUGGCCUGGUCACCUUCCAAGCAGUGUGGAGCAACAUCGGCGGUAUCAUCGUCUCUGUGAUGAUGCAGCAGCUUAACAAGAAACACCCGGACAACUACCUGCUAGCCAUGCGCAUCAUCUGGGCUCCCGUCGCGCUGAUGAUUGUCUGCUGGGUUUUCAUCCCCGAGUCACCCUGGUUCUAUGCCCGCCACGACAACAAGGAGAAAGCAAUCAAGUCGUUGAAGCAGCUGUAUGGAGGUGUUGAAGGGUUCGACUUUGAAGAGGAGUACGGCAUUAUCGUCAGGACAAUUGCGCACGAAAGGGAAGUGUUGCAAGAGGCGCCGAGCUAUCGCCAUGUUUUCAAGGGUCUCAACCUGAAACGCGCCUUCAUUGUCGUGAUCCUCAGUGUAUCUCAGCAGUUUGCCGGUCUCGCCAUCAUCAACACAUACUCAACCUACUUCUUCUCUCUUGCCGGCCUAAACGACCCAUUCCUCGGCACUGUCAUUCUGAGCUGUUGCAACCUCCUUGCUGUUUUGCUAUGGUCCCUGACCACCGAUAAUCUCGGUCGCCGCACCAUCGUCAACUCUUGUGAGACUCUUGUCUGCGUGGUCCUCUUCAUCGUCGGCGCUCUGUUCUGGACUGGAGCCACAACCGGUAACGCCGCCGCCGGCACCGCUCUCGUGCGUCACUAUUCAUUUUCACCAAUAAGUUGCAGCAAAGCAUUUGGUUGGCUAACUUGUUUCUACAGUUGCUACGCUACUCCACCCAUGCUUCUCCAUCUGAGCCUCAAAGCCGGAUUCAUCUACGGCGCCUUUUCCGUGCCCAUUUGCAUCAUCAUGUGGCUCUACGUCCCAGAGACCUCAGGCCGAUCCGCAGCCGAGAUCGACGAGUUGUACGAACGCAAGAUUCCUGCGUGGAGAUGGUCCAAGACUGUCACCGAGGCCGAACAGCGGAUGCAGACUGUUGUACUGGUAAAGGGUGGCGUUAAGGAGAGCCAUAACCAGAGUCAUACACGGUGAUUGAGGGCCCAAGUAAUAUAUUUAACAGUUGC